AAUAAAUAGAUAAAUAAACUAUGUGUAGCAAGUUGCAUUUUUUAAGUAACACCGAAUGGUGCGUGUAGAUAGUAUGGGGCUAAUUCGCAUAUUCAUGAAAUCUGUUGUUUAUUAAUGAUAAUGAGGGUUAACAGUAUAGGUCUGCAGUCUGUGUGGGUAAUGUAAUUUUUUAUUUUUUAUUUUUUUUUUUUUAAAGAGGCGUACAUUCAAAUGUUGACUUUUAGUUGAAUUGAAUUGAAUUUAGUUCACGUGUUUUGUAGAAGAUUAGGUAAACCCGGAGUUGCACGCGCACGCAGUGCAUGUUGUAAUUCCCCAGAAUCCCCAUCAGAACGGAAACAGCGCGACUCAACACCACGUGACCCAGAGGAAAGAUGGAGCUGGACCUCCUGCACCUUACCUCGCCAACUUAACCUCAUCUAGACCAGAAGCAGUAACGAAAACGCAAAAUGUCAAUGAAGACAUGGAUGAGAAAACACGAACAUCUCCAUUAACUUGUCUUUCGUCUCAUCAUCAGAUCGACUUUAAUCCUUCCACAUCACCGGAUCACACUCGGUUCUGAUCCACCUGGAAAUCCACUGCUCACUUCACCUGGUCAAAACAUGUCAGCUCUGAGAUCCAACUGGGGGAAAAUCGUGUAUUCAGGGUUUACACUCAAAUGAAUGCGUGUUGACGUGUCUGAGUUUGUUUCAGCGUAACACACACACACACACACACACACACACACACACACACACACACACACACACACACACAGAGAGAGGUACUUGAUGCCCUUCGGUACUGCUCAUUUUUCUGACACGCACGCGGACUUAACAGUAGAUGAGGGAGAAAACCUUGAAAUAUCUCAGAUAAGAAGAUACGGUGGUAACGCAAGAGAGGUUAUAAAAACAUGGCACCGAGUCCUGUCAUUCAAGCCAUCAUUGAUUUAUCAGCCGGAGCCUGUGGUGGUAUAGCAUGUGUGCUGUGUGGCCAGCCAUUUGAUACCGCCAAGGUGAAGAUGCAGACAUUUCCCGGGCUGUACCGUGGCUUUGUGCACUGCUUUGUGUCCAUCUCAAAGCAGGUGGGGCUGCGUGGUCUAUAUCAUGGCACUACCCCAGCUCUGAUGGCCAACAUCGCUGAGAAUGCAGUUCUCUUCAUGAGCUACGGCUUCUGCCAAGAUGUUGUGCGUUUUGUGGUUGGCUUGGACAGAGGAGCAGAGCUCAGUGACGUUCAAAAGGCUUGCUCUGGCUCUGUGGCCUCCAUCUUCUCCUCACUGGCUUUGUGUCCCACUGAACUAGUGAAGUGUCGUCUGCAGGCUAUGCACGAAAUGGAGGCAUCAGGCAAGAUCGCUGGUGGACAGAAGAGCACUGUGUGGUCUGUGGUUAGGCAUGUGUUAAAGACAAACGGUCCUCUGGGUUUUUAUCAAGGCCUUUCCACUACUGUAGUACGUGAGAUUCCUGGCUAUUUCUGCUUCUUUGGAGGCUAUGAGCUGAGUCGAUCUGCUUUUGCCCGCACUAUGGGCAAGACCAAAGAGGACAUAGGCAUCCUGCCACUGAUGUUUAGCGGUGGGUUUGGAGGGGCCCUUCUCUGGCUAGUUGUCUAUCCAAUAGACUGUGUGAAAUCCCGCAUUCAAGUUCUGUCCCUGGCUGGGAAACAAGAAGGAUUUAUAAAGACAUUCCUUGGAAUUGUACGCAAUGAAGGAGUGCGACCUCUGUACUCAGGUUUAACUCCAACUAUGAUCCGGACAUUCCCUGCUAAUGGCGCACUCUUUCUGGCCUACGAAUUUAGCCGCAAGACGAUGAUGAAACACUUUGAUGUGUGACACAAGGGUCCAUAAUUCCUUUUAAACAUUCUGUGCUGUCUGCACAUUAGAGGUGCUUCUAUAUUUUAAAAGAUUAUUCCAAAUAACUUUAAUGCUGACUAUAAUUUUUUAAAAUGUAUUUUAUUUUAUGUUGGUAUGAAUAGUAGUCAUAUGGUUCAUACCCUCCACGUUGUCUAAUCUAUGUUUAGGACUUUUUAUCUGCCUGGUCAGGAAAAUCUAUAUAUAAGAAAAUAUUUUCCUAGAAGCACAAAUAAGGGUAUUUUACCCUUUUUGUCAUUUUAAUUUGCACCUUGAACUGUAUGCUUUUUCUGUCAUUAUAUAUUCUGCCUUCACACAGUUCUUUGCACAGUGUAGUCACAUAAUGGAAAUGUUGAGUUCAAAGUACUGUCGCCAUGUUAGACUACUAGGUGCACAGCAAGACUUAAACACAAUGAAUAAGGGUGUGUCACAUUUAAAAACAUCUUUACAAUUGCAGUGAACACAAUAAAAAGUGAUAUUUUUAUAUUAUAGACAUUUCCAGGAAACUUACAUGUCCAAAACUGUCCUGGAUACUCUACCUUGACAAAUUGGACAAGUCUUCCUGUGCCAUCUUUGUGCAAUUUUGUGCUUGGUUUUUGUGUGUUGGUUUUUGUUUUUGUUUUUUUCUUCUCCAGACUUUGGAGGUUUUACCUCUUUUUGGGAUCUGGAAGAACAAUGUUAAGGAGUCCAUUCAGGUGAAUGAACAAGAAAAACUUUUAGGUUAUAUCUCUAUAGCAUUUCCAUUCCAGUGGAGUUUGUGUCUAUGGUGAGCAGUGUUAUGGCUCCCAACAUACCCAGCAUUUGAGGGAGUAGUGGACUUCUAAUUCAACAAUAACACAAUGGUUCCUGAGAGAACCAGAGCUAUUGUGAAUAUAAACAAUAUACUAAAUAGAAGUUGUGCUGUACGUGGACUACUUUUCAUUUUACACAGUUAUAACUGUAUAGAGAAGUACCAUGUUGGCAAUUUGCAAAUCAAAUAAACAUGAUUUCACUAAUUAAAAUGUCUUUUAGUUUUUAAUUUUGUGAACAUCUAUACAAGAGAAUAUAAAUAACAUAACUCACAGGGCUACUUUUUGAACUGCAACU